AUGACUGUCGCUUCAACCAUGACGAGGACUACCACGAGCACCAACGGGUCCAUCACCAUUCACGCUCAAGAUGUGAUUCCCUUUCGCCGAGCACCCAUUGACCUAUAUCCAGCGGAGGGAAAGGAAUCCGAUUAUAUGCGCUCACUGCCAGAAAUCAUCGAAUUCAACUCGCAGGCCAAUCCUGAUCAUCUUUUCUGCAUUCAGGCAUUGAAAGGUGCGGAGUCUAUUCGAAUCUCGAACCGGCAGCUGCGAUAUGCCAUAGCCAGUUGCGGAAAAUGGCUGCAGGACAACGUUUCCGCACUUGAGCUCCCGGCUGCGGCAGGAGGGGACCAAGAAGUGCAAAAGGGCGCCCCGGUCGCUCUGUUGAUGGACAGCGACGUUGGCUUGUUCUUUCACCAAAUGGCUCUUAUCGGCCUUGGAGUCCCAGUGCUUCUGCUAUCUGCCCGUCUUAGCGUCACGGCAAUUCACCACCUGCUGAAAAAGACGAAUGCGGUCGCUGUCCUGGCCGCGCCCCGGCACCAGCUAAAUGCAGCCCAAGCCGUGGCUCUCAUGAGAGACGAAGAUGGAAAGACGAUCGCAUUGCACAAGCCAGAGCCGUAUAGCACAUACCUGGGCACCGCAGCACCUGGUGACUCAAUCUGUCAUCCCUUCCAUUUCUUCAGCGAGAAAGAUCGGAAUGUCCUGAUUCUUCACUCCUCCGGUACGACCGGGCUGCCUAAGCCUAUCUAUAUCUCCCAUCGGCACCUGGUAUGUUUCACGACAUGCCACGACUUCAAGACGGAGGAGGAAGCGCAGGGCGUCAACGUCUCGACCCUGCCUCUAUAUCAUGGAUAUGGCUUGAUGGCUCCUGCCCUCGCUAUGGGAAUUGGCAAGACAGUUUGCUUCCCACCUCCUGGUACCGUUCCUAACGCGCAUGGCGUCAUCAACCUCAUCAAGAGCAACCAAGGCUCUUCCCUGAUGUCUGUACCAUCGAUCCUCGAAGAGAUCACGAUAGCGCCAACCGGUGAUGGUAUUCGUACUCUAGCCACUCUGGACUUCGUUACGUUUGGUGGGGGUCUACUGACCCCCAGCGUGGGUGAUCGGCUGGUAGCCGCCGGGGUGAAGCUGCUGAACCACUACGGGACAACCGAAAGCGGUCCGUUGGCACCAUUCUUUGUGCCCAUUGCCAGCUAUAACUGGCAUUUCUUCCGGUUAAGGCGUGAUAUGCGGAUGUCGAUCAAAGAGAUCGAGCCUUGUGAGGGUCAGCGACGCUUCCGACUUACCACCUACCCAUUUGGCUGGGAUCAGCCGUUCGAGAUCCAGGAUCAGCUCGUCUGCAAUCCCGAGCACCCGGACACUGAUUUCAACUCUGCGGGAAGAACUGAUGAUCUCAUUGUGCUCGCAACCGGAGAGAAGGUGCUGCCGCAGAUCCUUGAGACAUGGUUGGUGGAGAGCGGUCUGGUGAAGUCAGCCAUUGCCUUCGGUGAUCGCCAAUUUGAGAUCGGAGUCAUCUUGGAGCCCUUGGCCCCUGUAGGUACCUCUGCAGAUGAGCGCACUGUGAGAGAAGCGGUCUGGCCGGUUGUUGUACAGGCUGGAAACAAGAUGGAUGAUCAUGCCAAGAUUUCAUCCCCAGAUGCCAUCAUUGUAGUACCUGCAGGGACUGCCAUUCCUCGAACAGAUAAGGGAUCAAUUGCCCGCAGGGAGGUAUACAAGCUCUUCGAGGAACAGAUCGCUCAGGUCUACCACACCCUUGAAACCCGCCCAAUCGAUUCUUCGGUGACAUCCUUGGAUCCCGAGAAUUUGGAGCAAGGGUUGAUAGACUUGAUCCAGACACGAAUCCACUGGGGUGUCCCGUUGACUGAUCUGAGCCGAGAUGAUGAUUUGUUCGAGCGUGGCAUGGAUUCUUUGCAGGCUAUGCGACUACGAAGAUACCUCCUGUGUGCCGCCUCGACAGUCAUCCACGGUAUCUCUCCCUCUGAUCGCAUUGGUCGCGACUUCAUCUAUAAGAAUCCAUCCGUCGGUCAAAUGGCGAAUGCUCUGCGCGAAUCCAGCGGACCAAGCCAGUCAGGCUCCGCUCAUGAUGCCGUGAGGGAGCUGCUGCCCCAACUUGUGCAAGCUCAUGGACUUCACGCAUCCUCCUUCCUAAAUCCGGGAGCGAUUGUUGUCCUCACCGGGUCCACGGGAAGCUUGGGAUCUCACUGCCUAGCAGAACUAGUUAAGUCACCAAAUGUUGCCCGCGUGAUUUGCCUCAACCGACCACGAGCCGGUGUGGAUGGAGAAGGCUCUACCCGUCUGGCUCGUUCUUUGGAUGACAAGCGCAUCCACUUGAAUGAAGAGGUGUGGUCAAAGGUACAGACGUACGAAACCAACCUUGCUGCAGAUUACCUCGGCCUGCCACUGUCGGAAUAUGCGAUGGUUCGGUCUGGGGUAACCCAUAUCAUUCACACGGCGUGGGGAAUGGACUUCAAGUGGCAGCUGUCUUCGUUCCGGUCUCAUCUGCAGACGCUUCACAAUCUUCUCCAACUGGCUCAAGAUGGACACCAAUUCCGGCCAACUAUCAAGCCUCGGUUGCUCUUUGUAUCAUCGAUCGCGACUGUCGGAGAGUAUGCCACUGUUAGUGGAGAGCGGAUCAUCCCAGAGAUACCGAUGGAGAGUAUGGACUGUGCGAACAACAUUGGGUACGCGGAAGCUAAGCUCGCCUGCGAGUGGAUCGUUGAGCAGGCCAUACGGGAGCAUCCCGAUGAAGUUGAGGCCUGCUACGUGCGUCUUGGACAGAUUGCUGGAGCAAGAAGUACCGGAUUCUGGAACGCCCAGGAGCAUUUCCCUGCACUGGUCAAAUCCUCGCAAUUUGCGCGUGCAUUGCCGCAACUCCAAGGAACUUUAUCUUGGAUUCCAGUUGACGAUGCAGCCAACGUUCUGAUCGACCUGGCGUUCAGUGAGCAACAGCCUUCAAUGGCUUACCACCUCGAGAAUCCUGUGCGACAAUCAUGGAGUGACGUGUUGGUCACACUAGGAUCCCAGUUGGAUAUCUCCCAGUUCCUUCCAUUCAAUGACUGGUUGGAUCGGGUGGUAAAGUUGGGCUCGAAGGGUGGACCAGGGCAGAACCCCGUCCUUAAACUGGAUGAGUUCUUUAGACGGGACUUCAGGCGCAUGGCCUGCGGUUCGGUCAUCAUGGCGACCGAUGAGGCCAGAAAGCGAUCAGAGACAUUGCGACAGGUCGACGCGGUCCCAGAAGAUGUGAUCGCUUCUUAUGUGCAAUACUGGCGUACCUCGGGGUACCUGUCAUGA